AUGGCCCGCCGCGAGGCACCGCUCCUCACCCCCUUGUCCUCGUUACACCUCUCAUACGCGUCCAUGAGCUCGGUACAGCAGGAGAACGUCCGUCUGACGCUUUACGACAUGGAUGCCAACUUUCCCUCAGUCCCCGGUCAACCCGGCUGCCGGUUUCACCCCUUUUUAUCUGCACUUCACGCGUCGCCCACCUCGUCCAACGUGGCGGCGAAUGUAGAUGGGCUCGGGCUCUUUCUGACGGCCGGCGACACCGGACUCGAGGAUCUGUCUGUGGUAUGGGAGUCGAGUACGGUUGCGGCAUACUAUGCCAAGAUCAAGGCCAAGUAUACGAGGCUCAGUCGCCGUGAAACAGGCAGUCCUCUUGGCCCACCCGCUCUCGGCACUCCGGCACCAUUCGCAUCUCUCCUGCCUGAGGCGAUGGGCUACGCUGUCCGCAGCGACAACAGGCGUCACCCAUUCCUCGUCUGGGGCUACCUGCAACUGGAUCCCAGGUCUUGGAGCGACCAUGAAAUACGGGCACACUGGUCCCGCGUCGCUUUUUUACAGCUUUUGGCGCCACUGUUCGCGUGUUACAAGCUCGGCGGGUGCCGGGUGGGGAUUUCAAUGGUCAACACUUCAUUCAUCCGUAUCUGGGUCAAGAGCGAGCGUGAGGUGGUCGUAGAGGUGAUGCCUGACUGGGCGAGGCGGUUCGACUGGGGCCUGUCGUUGCUUCAAUGGAUGGAACACGACGAGUUUUGGGCCACGGGCGCUGGCUUGCCCCGCCGCCUGGCUGACGGCGACCCGCGAAACCUGUUCAGGCAUGACAUUUCCGUCGACCAGUGGAACCUCGACGCACUGUUGGAUUGGAUCGCGCUUGCUUUCUCUCGUGCCGACGCCAUGGUCGACCCGGAUCCUUCGGUCGCUCUUGCCCCGCUGUUUACGCAUGGAGGCGACGAGGAGGCACCGUUCCUCUGGACUGUGGGUGAACCGAUCCCUCCCCCACUGCCACCGGCUGUCGUCACUCCUCCAAAGCCAUUCUCGUUGCCGAAACCACCCAUCCCGCCGACAUUCAACCCGGCCACUCCCUUCCGCCGCCUCUCACGCCGUCUCAGUACGAUUCUCCCGCUACCGACUCUGCGCCGCACCAGCACAGCCAGCACUGCUCCCGGCACCCCCAGCACUCCCGGUACCCCGGACAGUGACAAGUUUCUCAAACCUGCCAAACUCACCCCACUCGUGUAUGAAGGAGCCGGGAACCUCAAGGUCACCCCCGAACUGGGACGCAAGGUCAACGAGUUGUUUCCGAAUCACAGGUCGUCCGAGCUGGAGGAGGCGAGGGGUAAGAUGGACCCGCGAGUCGCGUUGGUGGCCUUGGGACAUCUCAAGGUGUCCUUCAAGCCAGUCAGUAAUGAGUAG